AUGGGCUGUCCCUUUUUUCUUUCAACAGCAGCCAGUGAAGGGAGGAUAAAUGGAGGAGAAGACUUCUUUCAGACGGUAAUGGAUGAGACAAACACACAGAUUGCCUGGCCAUCCAAACUCAAGAUAGGAGCCAAGUCCAAAAAAGAUCCUCACAUCAAGGUCUGUGGAAAGAGAGACAGUGUGAAAGAAGCCAAAGAGAGAAUCAUGUCGGUGCUCGACACCAAGAGUAACCGGGUUACCCUGAAGAUGGACGUGUCCCACACUGAGCACUCUCAUGUCAUCGGAAAGGGUGGCAACAACAUCAAGAAGGUGAUGGAGGAGACGGGUUGCCACAUUCACUUCCCCGACUCCAACCGCAACAACCAGGCCGAGAAGAGCAACCAGGUGUCUAUAGCAGGCCAGCCGGCAGGAGUGGAGGCUGCCAGGGCCAAAAUAAGGGAGCUGCUGCCUCUGGUGCUGAUGUUUGAGUUACCUGCGUUGGUCCAGGCCGACCCCAGCUCCCCCACCCUGCAGCACCUGUGUCAGACCUACAGCUUCACCGUCUCCUUCAAGCCUCCGUCGCGCCUCUACGGGGCCACCGGGGUGGUGCGCGGAUCCCAGAACAACGCCUCUGCUGUGCAGAGAGGCAUGGCCCUGCUCCUGGAGCACCUGGCGGGCUCGCUGGCGAGCGCGGUGGCGGUGAGCACCCAGCUGGACAUCGCACCCCAGCACCACCUCUUCAUGAUGGGCCGCCACAGCAGCAACGUCAAGCACAUCAGCCAGCGCACCGGCGCCCAGAUCCACUUCCCGGACCCCAGCACGCCGCACACGCACCGCAAGUCCACCGUCUACAUCCAGGGCUCCGUCGACGCCGUUUGCCUCGCCAGGCAGCACCUCAUGGGUUGUCUGCCGCUGGUGUUGAUUUUUGAUGUGAAGGAGGACGUGGAGCCGCAGUGUGUCAGUGCCCUCAUGGAACAGUUGGACGUCUUCAUCAGCAUCAAACCCAAACCCAGACAACCAAGCAAGUCUGUGAUCGUGAAGAGCGUAGAGAGGAAUGCGGGGAACAUGUACGAAGCCCGGAAGAUUCUGCUGGGCCUGGAAAACCGUGACAUCAGCUCGCCCAGCAUCAAUGGCCACUCUCCUUCCUCCAAUGGCCACGCCUCCUCACCCACCCUCCUCUGUCCGGUUGGCCUGGACAUCCUUGCCUCAGCUGGCCUGGGGCUAAGCACUCUGGGCCUCCUCAGCUCUGCAGUAGGGCCCUCUCUGAACGGGUCGUCAGCCCCAAACUCAGCCCUGAACGGGUCAAAAGCCAGUGUGGGCUCCCCCCCAGGGCCCUGCACCGCCUCCCUCUGGACCAACGCCCUCACCACCUCCUCCAGCACACAGUGCUUCUCGUCUGCCCUGAUGCUGCACCCUGCGUCCCAGGCCUCUCUGAGCAGCAUGCUGCUGUCUGGAGUGCAGGCUUUCACCCAGAGCACCCCCUCCCCUCCCCCCGGCCUCACCCCCAUCCACAAACCCACAGGCGGACCUACCGCAGACUGCCACCUUAAUGGCCAUGUCAAGCAUCCUGGUUCUGUGUACGGUCGCAUGUCCGCUGCUUCUCUGGCUGAUGUGGUCCUGAGUCCAGCUCACUGUGACCCCUCCCCUCAGCCCAACACACACAACCCAGCAGAACCGCUGUCCAGCAAGUCCAGCUCUGAUGAAGGUUCAGACACUUUUGUUGAAGUGGGCAUGCCCAGGAGUCCGUCUCACUCGGCCAAUGGGAACGACCUGAAGCAGAUGCUGGCGUCUUGUAAGACAGGGAAAAGGCAGACUGUGGAGCUGCUGCAGGGCACCAAGAACUCCCACCUGCAUUCGGACUGCCUGCUGUCUGACGCUGACGCCAGCUCCUCAGAGAGCCCACUGGGGGAUAAACGGGCUCCUGGCAGUGAACGGGCAGCUGAGAGGGCAGCCCAGCAGAACUAUGAGCGGAUCGGGCUGGGGCCGCAGUCCGCCACCUACGCCAACAUGGAGGUCUUUGACUAUGAACAGAAGAAGCUGCUGGCAACCAAAGCCAUGUUGAAGAAGCCAGUGGUUACAGAGGUGCGGACUCCCACCAACACAUGGAGUGGUCUGGGCUUCUCAAAGUCCAUGCCGGCCGAAACCAUUAAGGAGCUCCGCCGAGCCAACCACAUCUCAUACAAACCCACCAUGAGCACUACAUAUGAGGACUCUCCUCUCUCCCUGUCUCGCUCCGGGAGUCGGGAAUGUAUCGGGAACGGCAUCGAAUCAGACAACUGGCGGGAGCGUAUCGCAAACACUACCGGAAAUGGCACGGCGAGCAGAAUUCAGGGACACUCCGAAUUUCCGCCAUCCGUCGGCAGUCCAAAGCGAAAGAUGAAUAAAUCUGCAGUGGAGCACUACCUGAGCGGCACUAACUACAUGGACUGCAUCUCCUCCAUGAACGGCAGCAAUGGCUGCUCUCUGAACGCCUCCCUGAAGGGCUCCGAGCUGCCUGAGCUCUUCAGCAAGCUGGGCCUGGGCAAAUACAUAGACGUCUUCCAGCAGCAGGAGAUUGAUCUGCAGACGUUCCUCACACUCACCGACCAGGACCUGAAGGAGCUCGGCAUCACCACAUUCGGAGCUCGCCGGAAAAUGCUGCUGGCCAUCUCAGAACUGAAUAAGAACCGUCGGAAACUCUUUGAUCCGCCCAACAUUCGCUCAUCUUUCCUAGAUGGUGGUGCCAGUGGUCGUCUUCCACGGCAGUUCCACGCCGACAUGGCGAGUGUUAGCGGCCGCUGGUGAGAUCCACAUUUUUCGGUUGUUCCCCAGGUACUGCAACCCCUGCCCCCCACCCACCCAUUCGCCACCUCGGCGGAGAUCAUCUCAGCCUCUCUGGGACUAUGUAUGCCAGCCUUGCUUCUUGUGGGCACUUCAGGCCACCACUGAAAGUCAAACGUGCCAAAAAGGGGCCUGAAGAAAAGAAACAAGGCAUCGAUCCAUCAGUGCCAUUAUUGUGGUGCUCUAUGUAUUCUGUGUCUGAUCAAAUCUGUCGUUUGUGAAGGAGAAUGUUUCUGCCAUAAGGGAGAGGUACAGCUAUUGUGCAGAGCAUGCAGGAAAGGGAUAGGAAGAAUGCAACAUAAGAUAUAAUAGUAACAGUAGUACUAUUUGCGUUCAUGUUUUGCUGUUGUAUCAGUAUUAUGCACUUUAAAAUUACUUAGAUAUUUUGCCUGUAGGGUAGCUGCCCCCUUGAAGCUAAAUAUAUGCAAAUAUAGGUAUUUUUUGAUCAUGUAUUUUCUCUAUGCACAGGGUUGCAGGGCCAAAGCCUAAAGCAAGCACCUACUGAACAAGGGGGCUGAUAGGUCAAAAGGUCAAAUGUUUCAGUAUCAUUCUGGAUUCAGUGACUUUUAGUGGACUUAAAAACAAAAAAGUUUAAUUAGAUCGUGAUCAGACUUUGAUCUUCAGAAUCCGUCCGUCCGAAUCAAGGCCUCACUAUUUUACUUUUGUAGCUAAUUGUUUUGUAUUCUCAGUGUAUUCUUUUGAUCUGUUUCCUUUGUUUCGUGUGUUGUAUUCUUGUAUUUUAAUAUGGAAUAUUGGUUUACAGGUAUUUUUUGUGUUUUUAUAUACAAAAUGAUUUGCUUUGGUUAUUAUUAUUUUUAUUUGUUCUCCAGUCAAUAUUUCUCCCAUUAAUUGAAUCAUCUCGUAAUGAGUUACCUUCAGAUCAGGUCCUCGUAUGGUUGGUAGUGGAGAUGAGAGCAGUCUGUGUGUUUACGUGUGUGUGUGUGUGUGUGUGUGUGUGUGUGUGUAAACCGUAGGCUCUCGCUCUGAAUGCCCCCAAGCCUUCUCCCUGAUCUUGUCUGGUCACACAAUAGGAGACAGCCAUACCCAACAUGAGGCACUAUAUACCCCGAUGUAUUUAUUUACAUGAAACAGUAUUGUUAUGGCUUUUUGUUGGUUAAGUAUUUACUGUUAGUACGUGUCAACAGUUAGAGGUUUGAGCCAUCAGUUCAGAGUUGAGUUAUGAAUAUUUUUUUUCUUUUCUGGAUUUAUGAAGGGAUAUAUUCACUCUUAACCUCGGCAUAACUUUACACAGUCCAGAUGGAUAGUAUUGCAGCACAUACUCAAGGCUAACAUCCAACUGAAAUAUAUGUAUGCUGAUGAUUGAAUUAAUAUCAUUUCAAAUAAGUUUUUUGAAGAAUCUGUGGUACUCUGUCAGUGGUACAAUCUAAAAGAAUGAAUGUCAACCACUAAAGGUUAGAUACUUUGUCUGGUUUUCAACAUGGUGAUUGAACAAUCUUUUUCCAAUGUCAGGUUAAUGUUUUGGUACAAAGGACAGUUGCAUGUUCACAACAUUAUACAGUGCAAUACGGGAGAAAUAAGUCACAUUACCAAGCCAGCAUUCUCAGUCUUAAAGUGAUGUCAUUGUAGAGCUAAUAUUAAAAAAGUAAAGGGUUAACUUUUUGUACUUUACCUACGGCAUAUAUUUUAAAAUACUAACUCUUUUCCUCCUGUAUCCAAAGGUAUUCACAUCAGUUGACCAUAGCUGGUACAAAAUGUCUUACAGGGAUGCAGUUUUCUAUGUUAACCUGUAAAUUUGUCUUCAUUGACAAACAAAUCAGUUGAUCUCUUGCUUCAGCCGUAGCUACACUUCCUCUCUGAUGCUGAUUGUCUGUGAUUGGUCAGAAGCAUGACUUAACACAGUUGCUUUUGUUUCACCGACUGCCUUUCUGUCUGUGUGGACCAUCAGUGUAGGUGGUUCUGAGUUCCAGUUUACAGUAAUAGUUUGAACUACAAAAAGGGACCCAUUUGCAUCAGAGUUGCUGCUGACCAAAGGAAUAUCUCCUGCAUAGUGUCAUCGAACCGCUUCAUAUUUCUGUCACUGUAUUCAUUCUAAAUGGACUAAUUUGUUGAGAGUCUUGCUUGAUGUCUGAUUGUGUCCAAAACACCUGUCAAUCAGUUUCAUCCUUGCUUGUGUGCCUUAAUGUUCUCUAAAGGAACAGCUGUGUUGUUUUAUUUAGUGUUUACUAAUGUCAUCCUCCCAAACGGGAGGAUUCUGGGAAAUGUAGUUGUUUCUUUUGGACGUGGCCUUCUGACACGGCUAGGCAGAAAUGAGGGAUUUAAAAAAAAAAAAUCCCCUCCUGUAAAGGGGCUCUGACAAAGGGCUGCACGAAAGGAAACACUGGAAAUGACCCCACUCAUAGUUCAUGUCUUUGCCUUAAGAAAAAGAAAAAGAAAAAGCCAGUGCUCAAGUGUCCAAAUCAGUGUACUACCUGCAGUGUUGGAUUCUGAAUGAUUGUUGAUCUAUAUGUAAAUGUAGCUUCACAGAUAUUGGUACAAAUUUGUACUUAAGAACCAAAAAAGUGUUCUGAAACUGUUUGCCACAUAAAAUAAAACGUUAAGUAUUCAAAC